AUGAUUUUAAACAACGCCACCAGCCCUGUGACUGAAUUCAUCCUGUUGGGCUUUUCAUUCCUGGACCAGACAAGUCGCCGUUUCCUCUGUGCCCUCCUCUCUUCAGCCUAUGUUCUGACACUGGCAGGCAACCUUUGCAUCAUGUGGGCUAUUCUACAGGACCCUCGCCUCCACCGUUUGCCCAUGUAUGUCCUCCUGGGGAAUUUCUCUUUCCUGGAGAUCUGCUACAUCACAACUACAGUGCCACAGAUGCUAGUGGAUCUGGCGACUCCUCAGGGGGAUGUCAUCUCCUUUCAAGCCUGUUUUCUCCAGUCCUACUUCUUCUUCUCCAUGGGAACCACUGAAUGCUUCUUCCUUUCAGCCAUGGCCUUGGAUAGGUACCUUGCUAUUUGUCACCCCCUGCGCUACCCCAGUCUCAUGUCCCAGCGGUCCUGCUUACUCCUGGUGGUCUCUUGCUGGGUUUGUGGCUUCCUCUGGUUCAUCAUCCCCAUUGUCCUCAUCUCUCAACUCCCCUUCCAUCACCUCAAUGUCUUGGAUCAUUUUCUUUGUGAUCCAGUCCCACUGGUGGCUGUCUCCUGUGCCCCUGCUCCCUACACUGAACAUGCCCGCUAUAGCCUAAGUUCCCUCCUCCUUUUUUCCACCUUUCUAUUUAUUCUGGCCUCCUAUGCAAUGGUUCUUAAGGCAGUGAUGAGGCUGCCUCGAGGGGCUGGGAGACGCAAGGCCUUUUCCACCUGUACCUCGCACCUUGCUGUGGUGGGUCUCUUUUAUGGCUCCGUCAUGGUCGCUUAUGCCAAUCCAGCAGCCUCGGGGAGCAGUGGGAAGAUGGUUACACUCUUUUAUGCAGUGGUGACACCACUGUUCAACCCAUUGAUCUACAGUUUGAGAAACAAAGAGGUGAAGGAAGCUUUGAGGAGGACACUGUUGGGGGAGCGAUAG